AUGUCAUUCCACUCAGAAAAGCGAAACGGAAGUCGUGCUCCUUCCUAUACUUUCUCUCCAAAAAUAUCACAAAUACCCGAAGCUCCAUCUCCAACUCUUCCCCCCAACAUCCACCCAACCACUUUCUGCGCCAUUGGUCCUCACGCCUGCGAUCUAGACAUCCUCUCCCGUCUCCACACCCAAACCAUGCGAGCCAUGGGCCGCGAUAUCUCGCGCGAGGAAUUCUAUCUCCGCAUGGAAGGUCGUCCUGCCCGAAGCCUUGCAUCUAUUUCUCCCAAUGUGAAUCUUAGUCCCAAUUCAUAUUCCUCCAUUUCCAUUAACACCAAACCCACUUCUGAAUAUCGAGUUUCUGGAAAGGGUAAAAUGGAAAAUAAUAUGAAUAGUUCGAGAAAUGACAAUUUGAAAAGUGGUAAUGGUAAUGGUAGUGGUAAUAAUACGAUGGAUGCCAUGGAACCGGAUAAAAAGUUCCGAGAAUUUGUAGCGAGGUGUGUGGGGAUUACGCCGAGGGCAUUGUUUAUGGGGGUGGGGGCGACGGAGAGGGCGGAUAGGAAGGUGGGGAGGGGACCGGGGUUGACGGCCAAGGAGGAGGAGGAGAAGGGAGUUUAUGAGAGGGUUGAUUGGGGGGAUGGAAUUUCUGAAUUCGAUGCCUGGGUCGACAUGGUAUGUAAGGAAGUUCUAGCCAUGAGACGAAGACUGGAUGCUUCAAGAGGGUAG